UAGAGUGUGUAUUCGCAAUGACAACAGGAAGUGGCUGCACACUGGUUUAAUCUCUCUCGCUGUUUUAUACACUAUUCGUCUCAGCUGACUGUUGGAGAGCCGCGCAAGAUUGACAAGACGCAGAAACUCAUGACUACAGCUUUAAUCGAUACUCGCCACGAUGACGGCGCGUGAACAGGCCUGAGCUCGGUUUCACAGAGAGCAGCUCGACGCUGGACAUCGCUAACGUUAUUUAGAGGAGAAGCAGGAAAAUAUCCGGAACAUUAAACAUGCCGGGUCUAACAUGAAGGCUGAAGUUCUUCUGUAAUGCUGCUAUAUUCAGCCUGAACCAUGAACUCUGUGUCUCCCAGUGCCGUUCAGUACAUAGUGGGCGGCGGUGUUCAUGAGGACAAGCCCUCGGCGCAGUCCAGACGCCACAACGGCCACGGCUCAGCACCUGACGGCCUCAGAGAAAGCUCCGGAGAGCCCGAUGAAGUGGAUCGCCUGAAAGCCAAGUUCAUGUCCGCAUGGAACAACGUCAAAUAUGGCUGGACCGUUAAAUCUAAAACCAGCUUCAACAAGACCUCCCCUCUGAUCCUCCUGGGUCAGUCCUAUCUGUUCAAUAGUGAAGAUGAGGUGGAUGGUUUCCGGCAGGCGUUCGUGUCGUGCGUGUGGCUCACCUACAGGAGGGAGUUUCCUCAGCUGGAAGGAUCCAGUCUGACCACAGACUGCGGCUGGGGCUGCAUGCUGCGCAGCGGACAGAUGCUUCUGGCGCAGGGGUUACUGCAGCACCUCAUGCCUCCAGACUGGAGGUGGGCAGAUUGUCAUCCGUUGACAGAUGUGGAUUUCGAGGUGCUUAAGCCUCGCUCGCCCUCCCGUCCGGCUGCCAUGUCUCUUCCGUCCUUCAGCUCUUCCUGGACCAGCCCUAUUUCCCAGAGAGACCCAAGCUCUGGCAGCAGUGAGGGUCACAGGCGGCCCCCGGCUCAGUAUCCUGCAGCCAGCCAUGAGCCUCAGCUGGAGGCUUUGCACCGGAAGGUGGUGUCUUGGUUUGGUGACCAUCCCUCAGCUCCUUUUAGCGUCCACCAGCUGGUAGAGCUAGGAAAGGAGUCGGGGAAGAGAGCGGGGGACUGGUACGGCCCGUCCGUAGUGGCUCAUAUGCUAAGAAAAGCAGUGGCUAGAACCGCUGAGUUUCACAACCUGGCUGUAUACGUGGCACAGGACUGCACGGUGUAUAAAGGAGAUGUCAUGAGGUUGUGUGAGUCGCCGCUGACACAGGAUCUGUCCGAGAGCUGGAAGUCAGUCAUCAUUUUAGUGCCAGUACGACUGGGAGGAGAAUCACUAAACCCCUCCUACAUCGAGUGUGUCAAGAACAUUCUCAAGUUAAAAUGCUGUAUAGGAAUUAUUGGAGGAAAGCCCAAGCAUUCCCUGUUUUUUAUUGGCUUUCAAGACGAGCAGCUGUUGUAUCUAGACCCACACUACUGUCAGCCUGUGGUGGACGUCACCCAAGGCAACUUCUCUCUGGAGUCUUUUCACUGUAACUCGCCCAGGAAGAUGAACUUCAGUCGUAUGGAUCCCAGCUGCACCAUCGGGUUCUACGCGCAGACUAAGAGAGACUUUGAGUCUUUGUGCUCAGCGGUCAGUGAAGCUUUGUCAUCUCCUAAAGAGAAGUAUCCCAUCUUUACAUUUGUAGAGGGCAGGGGACACAACUAUGGACUGGAGGGGCAGAGCGGGGGGUCCAUGGACGGUCCUGCAAACAUUUUCUCAUGCAACAGAAUGAGCAGGAACAAUAAGAGAGGAAGCACAGAUGAGUUUGUGCUCCUGUGAGGAGCGUAUCGCGUGUAACACCGACCCCACACCAGUGAUGCUGCACCCAAACUUCAUAAAACUGCUGUUCCUCGCAUCUGUGCACUGCAGAAUAUAAAGCAAACCUGGCACUGAGAUUCUCAAGAAAACCUGUCCGAGUCAUGUUUCACCCCGAAACCAAAGAAAAACAAAGAAAUUAUGGUUUGCAUAAAGAAAACGUCGCAUUUUCCUCCAAUUUAUCAUUAACAUAAUGCCAAAAAAAAAAACAUUUAUACAUAAUGUAAUGAAAAAAAGCUAUAUUAUUUGAAUUGUAAUGUGUUUUUGCACUGCCUUUUAAUUUAUCUAAUUUAUUUAGAUUGCUGCAUUACAGUAUGAGCGUGUUUUUGCAUUACAUUAAUGAGAAUUUUGAGAGGAAAUGUGAAAAUGUAAUAAUUCUAAAAAUAAAGUUAGCUUUCUUAAAGCGUAAUAUAAUUUUGGGGUGACACCUGCAUUUCUUUGGUAAACUUCUCCAUCAGUGUGACAUUUGUUCAUGAAUAGAUGAGAAGCAUUUCUUAUCAUUGCAUUUUUUUUUUCAGCUGAUUCAGCCACAUUAAAGAAAUGGCUCACCCAAAAAUAAAAAUUUAGCUUUAACUCAGUUUGAACAGAUUUUGAGAAAUUUAGCAUUACUUUCUCACCAACGGAUCCUCUGCAGUGAAUGGGUGCCGUCAGAAUGAGAGUCCCAACAGCUGAUAAAAACAUCACAGUAAUCCACACCACUCCAAUCCAUCAAUCUUGUGAAGCAAAAUGCUGUGUGUUUGUAAGAAACAAAUCCAUUACUACGGUAUUUUCACUUUAGACUGUUGCUUCUGGCCAAAAUAUGAGCCCAUAGUCCAUCAGUUUUUGCUUCCUCCAGUGAAAAAUGUGCCUCGUUAUGUUGGUUUUCAUUUCACAGAAUGUUAACUGAUGGACUGGAGUGGUGUGGAAUAUUGUGAUGUUUUUAUCAGCUGUUUGGACUCUCAUUCUGACGGCACCCAUUCACUGCAGCAGAGCAUCCAUUGGCAAACAAGUGAUGUAAUGCUGAAUUUCUCCAAAUCUGCUCUAAUGAAGAAACAAACUCAUCGACAUCUUGAAUAAACUGAGGGUGGAGUCAGUUUGCAGCAAAAUUUUUGGUUGAAGUAUUUCUUUAACGUUGUAUAUAACUCAUACACACUAACAUUUUGUCUUAUACACUGAACACAUGAUCCUGCUGUUGUGUUACUGUCUUUAAAAAGGUAUAAGGGUGCUCUAAGUUGUUGUUUUUCCCCUGAGUGUGCUCAUAACAGAGCUAGAGGAAUUGUGGGUAAUUAUGACAUUGAAUAAACCUCCUCCUUGCUGUAUGUUAUGGCUAGUUUUCUAACUUAUGUAAAUUGUAAAUCUCUCAGCUUGUGUCCUUGAACUGUGUGUGUUUUUGUUUUAAAUCAUUGUGCUUCAUUUGUCACCAGUUUCUCUUAUUUAAUAGUAUCUUUUUUUACGGGAAAUCACAGCCGUAGUACCUCCUCGAGCUCUGGAAGUUGUGUGGCAUUGAGUCUGAUGCUGGAAGCUGUCUGAAUAGUUGAUGUCUGAUUUGCUUUUGUUUGUUCAGGUCAACAAAAUUAGCUGUUACUGUUCAAUCGUAUUGAAGCUGUUCAUUUUAUUUUUACAACUUGUAUUUUUGAUCGUCGCUCUGAAGAUGCACCGGAUGAAGCUGAACUGCUGUCACUGUUUGAACAAUUUUU